GGGGCAACCCACGGGGACCCUGCUGCCGGCCUCUCUCUGGUCCGACCUGCGGUUCGGGCCUGCGUGGGUGCCGGGGACCCGCUCAGGUUCUCCUCUUGUGAAAUGAGCUUCGCCCCCGGGACGAGGGGCCGCCUCGCCGGGCUGGUGGCGCCCCUCCGGGAGGAUAGUGAGAACCGGGUCCCGCGCUGCCGCCCUCGGUGGUCGAGGCCCGGCCGCUUGCCCUGCGCCGCAGCCCCUCCCCGGGUCGCUGCGAGAGCGCCGUGAACUCGCGGGCGCGCUGCUCGGUCGUUAUUUCAUGGAGGGGGGGCAUUCAUUCGCGAGCAUUUGGACUAGUUCCCCGAUGUGCAGCCACGUUUAUGGAGUACCUACCACCUGUGUGGGCUUUAAAUCUUUUCCUUUAGGGAGUCCACUGUGGGUAAGGGAGAGGAACAUCUGAAAAUGUAAGUGAAAAAUAAAACCUAAGAGGUUUCAUAGCAGAGGUCAGUACUUGAGACGGGAAACCCAAGGGUGGGAGUGGUCAGCCCUGCUUUUUCGGUAGAGGGUCAAGGAAAUCUUCACUGACAGUGGGGAACACGUGCGGCAGGUCUUGAAGGAUAGGUGUGUGCGAGUUUGCCAGGAGGCCGAGAAGGGAGGAAGAAGGUUGCUGGCAGUGAAGGCAAGGACUCCUGAGACAGCACGUGGUAUGACUAGUGUGAGAGUAGAGGGGAGGCUUGUGGGGAGGCUUGUUAGACAAGGCUGGAGAGGUGAGCAGAGGGCAGAUUGUGGCCAUCUUUGUGUGUGGGCCUCAGGAGUUUUUUUCCUGUAGGAAUUGAGGAGCAUCUGUAGUGAGCUGUCGCAUGCCAACUUUGUGCCUGGCCUGAUUCUCAAUUAAAUUAGCUAUUUUGUGCAAAACUGACAGGCGCCAUUCCCCACACGGGGUAGGUGCUCAACAUAUGCUGACCGCCUCUCCUCCCUGGAUUCCCUCUGGGAUUCCUUGGAGCCUUUAAUGCUUGUGUUGGGUACUCUGCUUGUCAUUUUGUAUAUAUUAUCUCAUCCAAUUGUCACAACUUUAAGGAAGCCAAGGCCUAGAGCAAUUAAGUAACUUACCCAAGGCCAGGGUCACCAGAUUGGGUUGUGCACAUUAUUCCCUACGUAGGGAUGACUGGCCAAGGAUCUCUACUCCACUGGCCGUGCUGUGUACCCACUGAGCUAUGCCAGCCCAAAGACGGUGGUGCCAUGUGCACUAACAGCAAGCAGCCUCCUCAAGAUCACUCAGUGGUAGAGACACAAUCCAAACCCAGAUCUAAUUCCAAAGCCUCUGUUUUUGCCCACAUAACUCUCUUCUUGAGGACAGGCCAUGUCUUGUCAUCUCUUGCUGUUCUACUGUGCCUGGCCAAUCAUAAGUGGUCAGUAAAUGCUUAUGGAGUGAGUGGAUGGAUGACAUGGUCUUUCCUUAUAGGCCAAAAAGCAAAUGGAUUUCCACUUGACAAGUCCUUGAGAUCCAAGAAGCAGAAACAGCAUCAGCGGAUUCGCAAGGAGAAGCCUCAACAGCACAACUUCACCCACCGCCUCUUGGCUGCAGCACUGAAGAGCCACAGUGGGAACAUAUCUUGCAUGGACUUUAGCAGCAAUGGCAAGUACCUGGCGACCUGCGCAGACGAUCGCACCGUCCGCAUCUGGAGCACCAAGGACUUCCUGCAGCGGGAGCACCGCAGCAUGAGAGCCAACGUGGAGCUGGACCAUGCCACCUUGGUGCGCUUCAGCCCUGACUGCAGAGCCUUCGUCAUCUGGCUGGCCAAUGGAGAGACCCUCCGUGUCUUCAAGAUGACCAAGCGAGAAGAUGGGGGCUAUACCUUCACGGCCACCCCAGAGGACUUUCCUAAAAAGCACAAGGCACCCAUCAUCAACAUUGGCAUUGCUGACACAGGGAAGUUCAUCAUGACUGCUUCCAGUGACACCACUAUCCUCAUCUGGAAUCUGAAAGGUCAGGUGCUGUCAACAAUCAACACCAAUCAGAUGAACAAUAUACAUGCUGCUAUAUCCCCUUGUAGCAGGUUUGUGGCCUCAUGUGGCUUCACUCCGGAUGUAAAAGUUUGGGAAGUCUGCUUUGGGAAAAAGGGGGACUUCCAGGAGGUUGUGCGAGCUUUUGAACUAAAGGGCCACUCUGCAGCCGUCCACUUCUUCGCUUUCUCCAAUGACUCCCGGAGGAUGGCCUCUGUCUCCAAGGAUGGCACAUGGAAACUGUGGGACACAGAUGUGGAAUACAAGAAACAGCAGGAUCCCUACUUGCUGAGGACAGGCCGCUUUGAAGACGCAAGCACUGUGCCGUGCCGCCUGGCACUCUCCCCUGAUGCCCAGGUCUUGGCCCUGGCCAGUGGCAGCAGUAUUCAUCUCUACAAUACCCGGCGGGGUGAGAAGGAGGAGUCCUUUGAGCAGGUCCAUGGGGAGUGUAUCACUGACUUGUCCUUUGACAUCACUGGCCGGCUUCUGGCCUCCUGUGGGGACCGGGCAGUGCGACUCUUCCACAACACCCCUGGCCACCGGGCAGUGGUGGAGGAAAUGCAGGGCCUCCUGAAGCGUGCUUCCAACGAGAGUACCCGCCAGAGGCUGCAGCAGCAGCUGACUCAGGCCCAAGAGGCCCUGAAGAGCCUGGGUGUCUUGAAGAAAUGACUUCUGGAGGGUGUGGCAGGAAGGGUCUGGUCUGCUGCCACCACUGCUGCCACUUUUCUUCCCAGGUGCUCCCCAGCUGGAAAUCAUUUGAAAGGAAUAUCCUGAUUUUCUUAAUGGUGGCCCCUCUCUUCUUUUUCCCAUUGAAACUGUUCUUACCUGCUUAGAUCUGUCUUCUUGCUGGUUGUGACUCCUGGCCUUACUUGACCUCCCAGGCUAAUGACCAAGGUGCUUCUCUGUUUCCUGGGCCCAAGAAGUGGAAUUGGUCUUCACCAGGCACUGAGAAGAGUGGUAAAUAGGAGAGAGAGAACGUGGUCUUUGACCUUGUGGCAACACACUCUGGUACCCAAAGAAGUUUGUAAUUGUGGAGGCAAAAGCCAGGGAACACCUGAGUAUUAGACAGCAGUUUUGCAGGGGUGGGAGAUGGGAUAUCUUCCAAUUACACAACUGUGGGAUGGCGUCAGGGAAAGGCUAGACUUAAUCCAGGUCAAGCUGCUAACUCCAUCAAAAAGUAAUAAGGGAUUUCAUUCUAUGCCUCGGUUUUCUUACGUGUAAAAUGGAGAAUAGUCCUCUCCUGACCUCCUUACAAAGAUGUUAUCAGGGUGUGAGAGUAUAAAGUCCCUAGAUUUGGAAACAAAAAAGUGGACAAGAGUAGUAAUAUAUGUUAUCUGUUGUCCAAUAUCAUUUAUUAACCACUGGGUGAAAGUGGGUCUCAAACAGCAUAGUUUGAAACUAAAUUAGAAAGAAAGAAACACAUGCCUUGAGAAGGUGAGGUUUCUGGAACUUGGUCAUACAUUUCCUAUCUGGUUCUGCUUUAAGUUGUGUGGAGCAGUCAUAGCACCUCAGGAUGAGACUCCUUUCUUGUGGGAGUUGUAUCCUGUUUCCAGUUCAUCAGACAUUUGUGUGCCUGUUCUGUGCCCAUGAGUGCACUAGGCACAGGAGAUCAACAUGAGUAGGACACGAUCUUGGCCAUUACAGGUGGCUGGUGAACGAGAGGUACACGUGUCUGCUAAGUGCUUUCUCUUGGUUUAUUGGUGGCUGUGGAGGGCUGUUGUAAAAGGGCAAGAGAGAGGACUGCAUCAGGACAGAUGCGAUGGGUUUGAAGUUGAAGAGAGAGGUUUGAUAAGAGAUUAGUUAUUUAGAAGUCUGAAUUUUUGGAUUUGAGGGCUACUUGGAUGUGGGAGGUAAAGGAAGUGAGGAAUCUAAGAAGACUUGAUUGAGUAUAGGCAAAAUGUAUUCGUCCAAAAUCAAAUUCUUAUUCCCUCUCCCUAGAACUGGGACCUCCCCUGGGAAGCCCCAACUCAUGUAAAUUGUGGUUUGAACAAGCAACAACCUCGGAGUUCUCCUUAGUUACUCCCUAUUCAUUACUCCCUCCGCCCCACUGCCACUACUACCAUCCACUCCGUCAGAAAAUUCUUUCAGUUAUGCUCCAGAUUAUAUCCUGAAUCUGCUACUUCUCUCCAUCUUUUCUGUUACCAUCCUGGUCCUACUCACUGUCACCUACUGGACUGCUAUAACAUAGCUUGUUCAUCGGUCUCCUUGCUUCCUCUCUUGCCUAAUUAAAUCCCUUUUCUACAUAGCAGAGUGAUCUUUUGAAAAUGUAAACCAGAUCACAGUGUUCCCAAAUUAAAACCCUCUAAAGGCUUCCUAUCACACUUGGAAUAAAAUCCACAAUUCUCACCAUGGCCUACAAGGGCCCUGUGAUCUGGUUUCUUCCUUCCUCUGUGAUCUUGUUACCACUCUCCCAGCCACCCCAACCUUGCUAUUCCUCGACCAAGCCAAGUUAUUUCUGGCCUCAAGGGGCACUUGUGCCCAUGCUGUUCCCUCUGCUUCGAAGCAUUUUUCUUUUCUGUUGGCAGACUUUUCACGCUUGUCAUAAUUCAGUUCUCAGUUUCGAUUACACUUCACAGAUGCCCUCCCUGACCACCCAGUCUGAAGUAGCCCUUUCCACCAAUCAUAUCACACCCACCACAUUAGCUUGUUUUCUUUAUUUUGUUUACUUAAUGCUAUCUGAAAUUAUCAUUUGGAUAUUUGUUUGCUUCAGGGGUUUCAGCUUAAAUGCUUAUAGAUAUCAAGUGAAUAAUAUAAAUCCAUGAAUUGGGCCACAGCUAUCCAGUGUAAGACAGUAGGAAAUGGGACUGAAGCAAUCUCUGGGGGGCAUGCGUCCUAGGUGAGGGACAGGGCUGGCUGCUACUUACUGUUAAGGAAUCCAGCACAAGUAGCCAGUUCAGAGAAGCUAGAAGUUGGCAAUUAUAAAAUAAAAAAUUAAGCACUCUAUGGGCCAAACAAAACACUAGUGUGGGCCAGAUGUAGCCCAUCCGUCUCUCAUUGGCAGCUUCUGGAUUGUUCAUUAACCCACUGGAAUGUGAGCUCUGUAAGGGCAGAAUCCUUGUCUUGUCUUAUUUGCUCUGUAUCCCAAGCACAUUACCUGGGACAGAGUAAGCCCUCAAUAAAGGAUGAACUCAAACCGGGGACUGCCGACAGAAGCUUCAGUACCCUCUAUGUAUCCUCCCACUCCCGGUUUCCACUGGGGUUUUGUGUUCCUAAUAACAGACUUCUGCUUGAUAGUGCUCUGUACGUGUGUCCUGGUGAAUAUUUGCUUUCUGGUUGUCAGAGAAUGAGACUAAAACACUUCCUUGCAUACC